CUGCGCAGUUUUGAGUCCGUCGGGAGGACUGCACAGUUGCAGCGAUAACUGAUCUCGUGAGCUCUGAAAACCGUGACCUGCGCAGACAUGUCGUUGCGUGUGGACACUUACUCCGUUUUCCAAUCCGUUUUGUUCCUCAGUUUUCUCUAAUCAUCCGACCAUGGCAGAUCUGCGGCAAUGUUCUCGCGAGUUUUUGACGGAUUUUAUUUCACAUUAUGAAAGUUUUCCGUGCCUUUGGCGAGUUAAAUCUAAAGAGUACAGUGACAGGGACAAAAAGGGGGAAGCGUACGAGAGAUUGGUUGAAAAGUUCAAAGAAAUAGAUGUCAACGCGAGCAGGGAGACAGUGGUGAAGAAAAUCAAUUCUUUGAGAAGCGUUUAUCGCAAAGAAUUGGCAAAGGUAAACAAAUCGAUUCGAUCUGGGGCUGGAGAAGACGAAAUUUACAAGCCAUCUCUGUGGUAUUUCGAUUUGCUGCAUUUUCUCAAUGAUCAGGAGACACCAAGGCCGUCGAGGAAUACCAUGGACGAAAGUGAAGAGUCUGUAAACUGCGACGAAUCAUCACAACUGGUGGAAGACGAUGUGCAAGAAACUGUUAUUGACAGUGGGCCCAGUGAAGCUGCUACUACCCCUGCUACUCCUGCUUCCGAAGCAUCUACGAGUACUUCCCAUUCUGUCAAUACCUCGCACAAGUUAACUCGUAACAAGAGGAAGGCUGUUGGGAAUGAUGAUGGCACAAUUGAAGUCCUGCAGGUGAUAGGGAAGAAACUGGAAUCGCUACAGGCAGAUGAUGCAUUUCAGGUAUUCGGAAAACAUGUGGCUAAUAAACUCAGAGAAGUCCCAAAUUCACAAAACAUAAUUGCUCAGAAACUAAUUUCCGACGUUUUAUUCGAAGCUGAGUUGGGUACGCUUACCAGAAAUUUUCGAAUUGUUGACAUGAAAAGCCAGCGACAAGAUGAUUUUGGUUCAAUGAAUGCCACGAAUUAUUGGCCUCAACAGAAUACGCCACAUCAAAUCAGAAUGCAACAAAAUCUUUCUUCACAAGUUGGACAAUACCACUCCUUCUCGCAGCAGCCGCAGCCUAUGCCACAUAACUACGCCCCAGAACAAAUACCUCACACUCAGGAGUAUGAAACAAUUGGGAAAAUUCCGGCAGUUUCAUGCAUCAUCCCACAGCAAGCAGGCGAAAAUUGACCACAGGAGAACCUCCUCCAUGGCGAUAUCACACAAAACUGAGCGGAAAAUACAAGACUGCACCGUCAAGACUGUACCGUCUGGACGCUCAAAGUUGCAACGGUUUCAUUCCGUCUUAAAACUGCGCGGAUUUAAAACGUUGUGCAAAACGGAGUGUCUGGA